CUUCUCCUAAUUUCUUGCAUUCGCCGCCUGUCCGCCCGCCCGCCCAAUUUCUUCUUCUUCUUCUUCUAAAAUUCGCUCUCUUGUCUUUGAGUUUGACCAUCUGUAUUUGAGUUUGGUCAAUGUUUCUCUCUCUCUAUUACACAUAUAUGCGAAUGAAGAAGAAGAGAAAAUAGGUAGCAGUUGGAAUCUCAACUCAUUAUUUCUCUGAUAAACCAAAUCAAGUAAGAUUCUAAAAUUCUAAAACCCUUUUUCUUAUUUGUCUGUAAAUCAUUAGUUGUUGCGUCGAAUGUAAUCAGAGAGUUUAAAGUUUUACGAUCAAUAUAACAAACUCAUAUCCAUAUUAGAGCUUUCUUUCAUUUACUAAUAGAUACAUAGAUGUUACUAUUAAGCGGAACAAGUAGCAGUAGUAGUAGAAGAAGAGAAGUGUCUGAUCAAUGGCCUAUGAAAGGCCUCUUUUGAACCUAUCUCCUAAAACUCCAACAACUGUCAAUCAAACCCAUGAUCAUCUUUCCAUUCCUCCUGAUUUAAAAUCCAAACUACCUAAAUCCAUUUCUCAAAUGGAUCCAGACCAAGAUCGAACCAGUGCACGAGUAGACAAUUAUCAACCUUCUCGAUCUCUUAGAAGUCUUUUCUCAAUUGUAUCUGGGAGACAUUCAAUUGAUGAGGUCAAUUCUUAUAUCUCUGCAACUUCAUCUGUUGACAAUUUUUCCCGUUCCGGGUCGAAACCCAUACCUGUAAGGUAUGGUUCUAGAGGAGCUGAUUCUAAUGGCUUAACUAUGUCCCAGAGAGAGAUCAGUGAUGAUGAUGCAAGACUCAUUUAUGUUAAUAAUCCAGAUAAAACAAAUGAGAAAUUUGAAUUUACGGGGAAUUCCAUUCGGACCAGCAAGUAUUCUAUACUAACAUUCUUACCCAAAAACCUAUUUGAACAGUUUCAUAGAGUUGCAUAUAUAUAUUUCCUUGUAAUUGCCAUCUUAAAUCAGCUUCCUCAACUUGCUGUAUUCGGUAGAACGGCUUCUAUACUACCGUUAGCAAUUGUUCUAAUUGUUACUGCUGUUAAGGAUGCUUAUGAAGAUUGGAGACGGACUCGUUCCGAUAGAAUUGAGAACAAUCGGAUAGCUUUGGUUCUAGUAGAUGGUCAGUUCCAAAAGAAGAAAUGGAAGGAAAUCAGGGUUGGAGAGGUUCUCAAAAUUUCUGUGAAUGAUACUCUCCCUUGUGACAUGGUAUUGCUAUCCACUAGUGAUCCAACUGGAGUUGCUUAUGUACAGACUAUUAAUUUAGAUGGUGAAUCGAACUUGAAAACCCGGUAUGCAAAACAAGAGACACUCUCAAAGAUGCCUGAGAAAGAAGGGGUUCAAGGAUUGAUCAAAUGUGAACAUCCCAAUAGAAACAUAUAUGGGUUCCAGGCUAAUAUGGAAAUUGAUGGGAAGAGGGUCUCACUUGGACCCUCAAACAUUAUUCUUCGUGGUUGUGAGCUCAAAAAUACUGCUUGGGCAAUUGGGGUAUCUGUUUAUGCUGGUCGAGAGACUAAGGCAAUGCUUAACAACUCAGGAGCCCCUUCCAAGAGGAGUCGAUUGGAGACCAUUAUGAACCGUGAGAUUAUAACACUCUCGCUGGUUCUCAUUGUGCUAUGUGGGAUAGUUUCUGGCUUAGGUUGGAGUUGGCUGCAGCGCAAUCGGGAUGAGCUGGAGUAUUUGCCCUUUUUCAGGAAGAAAGAUUACUCGAAGGAUGAGAAUUAUAACUAUUCUGGACUUGGAUAUGAAGUAUUAUUCACAUUUCUCAAGUCGGUUAUCGUUUUCCAGAUUAUGAUCCCCAUUUCACUCUACAUUUCGAUGGAAUUGGUCCGCCUUGGACAGGCCUAUUUCAUGAUUCAAGAUUCAAAUCUUUAUGACGAAGCAUCAAAUUCGAGGUUUCAGUGCAGGGCUUUGAAUAUAAAUGAGGAUCUUGGACAGAUAAAGUACGUUUUCUCAGACAAAACUGGAACAUUGACGGAGAACAAGAUGGAGUUUCUAUGUGCAAGCAUAGGAGGAGUAGACUACAGUGAAGCAAAAGCUACUCCAGGAGAGGAAUAUGCAUACUCAGUCCAAGUGGAUGGACAGGUUUUGACGCCAAAAAUGAAGGUAAAGAUUGACCCGCAGAUCCAACAGCUACUGAAACAGGGCAAAGAAACAGAAGAAGGAAAGAAAGCUCAUGAUUUCUUCCUUGCUCUGGCUGCCUGCAACACAAUUGUACCUCUGGUUGUAGAGACACCGGAUCCCACUAUGAGGCUGGUGGAUUAUCAGGGUGAGUCUCCUGACGAACAGGCCCUCGUGUAUGCAGCUGCUUCCUAUGGUUUCAUGCUUCUAGAAAGAACCUCUGGCUACAUAACCAUCGAUGUCCUUGGAGAACGAUAUAGGUUUGAUAUUCUGGGUCUGCAUGAGUUUGACAGUGACCGGAAGAGAAUGUCAGUGAUAGUUGGUUUUCCUGACAAGAGUGUGAAAAUAUUUGUGAAAGGUGCAGACACUUCAAUGUUUAAUAUAAUAAACAAAUCGCUUAAUUUACAAUUACAUAAUGCAACUCAAACUCAUCUACGAACCUACUCCUCAUUGGGCCUCCGAACGUUGGUCAUUGGAAUGCGUGAGUUGAGUGCUUUAGAAUUUGAGCAAUGGCAUAUUGCUUAUGAGAAGGCUAGUACCGCGCUGAUUGGAAGGGCUCAUUUACUCCGUGGUCUUGCUUAUGACGUGGAAAAGAAAGUUAAACUGUUGGGAGCUUCUGGAAUUGAAGAUAAGCUGCAGCAUGGGGUACCAGAAGCUAUAGAAUCACUGAGGCAAGCUGGAAUUAAAGUGUGGGUUUUGACAGGAGACAAACAAGAGACAGCCAUAUCAAUUGGUUACUCAUGUAAGCUCUUAACCGAUAACAUGACCCAGAUAGUAAUAAACAGUAAUUCUAAAGAAUCAGGUAGGAAGAGUCUAGAAGAUGCAAGAGCCACACCAUUGUCUACCAGUACAGUGAGUUCUGUAGGAGGUGGUAGACUUCCUAUUGCUUUAAUAAUUGACGGGACCAGUCUUGUCUAUAUUCUUGAGACUGAGUUAGAAAACGAGCUGUUCCAGUUAGCCACAGAAUGUAGUGUGGUCCUGUGCUGUCGAGUUGCUCCGCUACAAAAAGCUGGAAUUGUUGCUCUAAUAAAGAAGAGGACAGAUGACAUGACCCUUGCCAUUGGAGAUGGUGCAAAUGAUGUUUCUAUGAUUCAAAUGGCUGAUGUGGGGAUAGGCAUCAGUGGUCAAGAGGGAAGGCAAGCUGUCAUGGCCUCUGAUUUUUCAAUGGGUCAGUUCAGAUUUUUGGUUCCACUUCUGUUGGUCCAUGGCCACUGGAAUUACCAGCGGAUGGGAUAUAUGAUUCUUUACAACUUCUAUAAAAAUGCUGUAUUUGUCUUCAUGCUAUUCUGGUAUGUACUCUACACAUCAUUCACCUUAACGACUGCGGUCACGGAAUGGAGCAGCGUCCUCUAUUCUGUGAUCUAUGCUUCUUUCCCAACAAUAAUUGUUGGAGUUCUGGACAAAAACUUGAGUAGGAGGACUUUGCUGAAGUAUCCUCAUCUUUAUGGAGCUGGCCAGAGACACGAGGCUUACAACCUAAAAUUGUUCUUUGUUACAAUGAUCGAUAUGGUGUGGCAGAGCAUGGUUAUCUUCUUUAUCCCUUACCUUGCUUAUAGACAAAGCACAGUAGACGCUUCUGGUAUUGGAGAUCUAUGGACAGUUUCUGUGGUAAUACUUGUUAAUCUUCAUUUGGCGAUGGAUGUAUUACGGUGGUCCUGGCUUACUCACGCUGCCAUAUGGGGAUCUAUAAUUGUUACAUGCAUCGCAGUUAUAUUAAUAGACGCUAUACCUGAUUUACCUGGUUACUGGGCGAUCUUUGAAAUAGCAAAGACUUCAGUGUUCUGGUUUUGCUUGCUCGCGAUAAUAAUGGUUGCACUAAUUCCACGUUUUGUUGUAAAGUUUUUUAAUCAGUAUGUAAUUCCUUCCGAUAUCCAAAUUGCUAGAGAAACUGAAAAAUGUACAAGUAAUAGCGAAUUUACAGAAGUAGAAGUAGAAAUGAGUCGGACUUGGGAUCCCCCACCCGCGAUGAUAAGGUGAUUUUUGUGUGUAUAAAAAUAUUCAUAUUCUUUAGGCCGCUCUCCGUUGGGUGUGUCUUGUACUUGGCCAAUUGCAAAGUUUGGUUUCGCUAUCCGAAGGAUAGAGUUUUGGUUGGUGUUGUAGUUGUCCGGUUAAUCAUAUGCAUACUUACAUUAUAAUUCUCAUAAUUCUUUUUAAUGAUAAUAGGUCAUCGGUGUUGGUUA